UCAAGUAAUGUCAUUCCGUUUAUCAUUAAGUGAUCGUGUUCUCUUAAUAUGAUAUGACAUUCUUUAAUCAGUCGCUCGAAAUGUGAACAAAAUGAAAAUAUAUCUUUUAGGUUAUGUGCUUUAAUUAUCACGUGUUAAUAAUAAUAUUUAUAAAUUGUUUUUGAGAUAUUUUUGCAGUGUUCAAGUGAUGUAAGUUUUAGUGCACGUGGAUUCUACGCAAUUUUUGCAUAGUUGAGAUCUCCUUCGCCAUGUCAUCAAUCAACCAAGGAGUAUCAUUUUGCUUUAGGAAUUGAACAAAUAAUGAUAUUUUUCAUAUAUAAUAAGAAAAUAGCAGAUGCAAAUAGCAAAUAUUACGCACAAUGCAAAGUGAUUCCGUGAGCCAUUCAAUGAGUGGCUGCCUGAGCAACAAACCGACAAUAACUAUGACAAUAUCAACUAUUGGCGACAACCAAGAAAAGAAUGCAAAUAAAUCACCAGCAGAUGAAGCAGUUGCCAUCACCAGUACCCAACUGGUGUUGACGAGCUUGUGUGCUGGUGCCAUCGCUGGAGCUAUCGCUAAAACUGCCAUAGCUCCAUUGGACAGAACAAAAAUUAAUUUUCAAAUAAGCAAGGCGCCUUAUUCGAUGAAAUCGGCAUGGCGUUUUCUGUGCGACACUUACAAGAACGAAGGCGUUUUGGCACUAUGGAGAGGAAAUUCGGCAACCAUGGCCAGAAUAAUUCCCUACGCUGCAAUACAAUUUACGGCACACGAGCAAUGGAAACGAGUUUUAAAAGUUGAUAAAGUUAAAUCUUCAGACAAAAAUGUCAGCACAAAAAGAUUUUUGGCAGGAUCUUUGGCCGGAAUAACAUCUCAGUCCUUGACUUAUCCCUUAGAUCUAGCAAGAGCAAGAAUGGCAGUCACGCAGAGAGGCGAAUAUAGGACUCUCCGCCAAGUAUUUGCAAGAAUAUGUCGGGAGGAAGGCGCUCACGCACUUUAUCGCGGAUAUUGGGCAACUAUUUUGGGUGUCAUUCCGUACGCUGGUGUUUCAUUUUUUACUUAUGACACGUUGAAACAUCAAUAUAAAGCUUAUACCCAUAGUGAUCCAUCAGGAAUAUACAGUCUCUUAUUUGGAGCAAUAGCUGGUGUACUCGGCCAGACUUCAAGUUACCCAUUAGACAUUGUCCGAAGAAGAAUGCAAACUGCCAGGUUACAAAACGAUGGAAAGUAUAUGUAUGUUGCCAUCAUGCCUACUCUGAAAUUGAUUCUUAGAAAUGAAGGUUUUAAACAUGGAUUCUAUAAAGGCUUGACUAUGAAUUGGAUAAAAGGUCCAGUAGCCGUUGGUAUUAGUUUUGCAUCAUAUGAUACUAUCAAAGAUUUCUUAAGAAACGUUAUUCAUCUAGAUAAUCUUAAAUUCAGAUAGUGAAUUUAAUAGUGUUAAAUAAUUUUAGUCGUAUUAACCCAUUGCCAAUAUUAUUAUGUUUUAUUGUAUAUACUGUAAAGUGGAAAUAUCUCG